GUAAAUCAUUUACCGGGUCCUCGUCCUCCCUUCAGUCCCUUAGGCCUUCCUGGCGUGUUAUUUCCCACUUCAUGGUGGAACACCUCACAAGAUGUACACUGGGCUCGGCGAUCUAAAUGUGCGUUAUACACCAGUAACGAAAGCGUGUCUAUCGUACCGUUCUUAAUCGGCGAGCCCUUGAUUUGGACAUCGAAUCUCAAUGUCGCACGUCAAAUAGCCUCAGGAGGAAAUAGGACAGGGUUCUUCAAACCCCGCUGGUCGGCAAGGGCGUUGCUAUUGUGGGGGAUGAACUUAUUUGCUGCGGAAGGCGAUACCUGGCGCAAGCAUCGACGGGUCAUGGGUCCUGCUUUCAACAAUGAACUAUAUCGUCUAGUAUGGACCCAAACGAUGAAGACCUAUCGUGACAUGGUGACCUCGGAGAAAUGGGAGGGAAAAGCAUCCGUUUCUGUGCCUAUAAUUCAAGAACUAACCUUCAAGCUCGCCCUCCUGGUUCUUGGUACCUGUGCUUUUGGUUUCUCAUUCCGGUGGGAUGAACCUCCGCGGACAUCUAGCGGAAAUCUGUCGAUACAAGAAACAAUACGGACUAUUGCUGACUCUUACAUGUUGCGUGUUUUCGCGCCUAAAUGGGUGCUGAGAAUUCCUUUGAAAAUAAUCCAACAGUCCAAUGCUGCAUAUGAGGCAAUGGCGCUGUUCAUGAAGGAACAAGUAGGAGUUCGAAAGCAAGAGAUACAAGAAAAUACAAGGAAAGACGCAUUCAGUUUGCUUGUGAAGGCUAACGAGCAGGAAGAGUCGAAAUACCAACUCAGUGACGAUGAACUGAUUGGGAAUGUCUACAUCAUGCUCUUUGCUGGCCAUGAAACCACUGCUCAUACUUUAGCUGCUACCCUGGGAUUCCUGGCAUUGAAUCAGGAUGUUCAAGACGAAGUUUUUGAACAAAUCAAAGAAGUCGUGGGCUACGGCCGGGAUCCUGAAAUCGAAGACUACCACAACUUGAACAAAGUUCUUGCCGCCUUUUUCGAAGCUUUGAGACUAUUUCCGUCAGGUCAUCUCAUGAUUCGUGAGGCUAGCGAAGACACCGUUCUUCAGAUACCUAACCCUCGAGGUCAAGAAGGGACGAUGCCGUUCAUGAUUCCCAAAGGUCAAGUGGUUGUCGUUGAUAUGGUUGGCGUUCAAUAUAAUCCGAGGUACUACGAUGACCCCGCAUCAUACAAGCCUUCUCGGUGGCAUGGUAUCAACAAUGAUUCUGAGGAUUUCACUGCUUUCAGUGUUGGCCCACGGGCUUGCAUAGGACGAAAGUUCGCCACGACAGAGGCCGUUUGUUUUCUCUCGAUGCUUUUACGCGAUUGGAAAGUCAUUCCGAAACUUAACGUAGGCGAAACUGAGGAGGACUGGAGAGCUAGAGUUCUUGAUGCGAAGCUAGUUCUGACACUCGGUGUCCGCGACGUUCCUCUGAUAUUCGUUCCGCGAAAGUCAGUAAGUUUACAAUCCUAUGACUUGUAG